GAGAUUAGGCUGCGUGGGGCGGGCCCGGCCCAGGCCGGGCGGGGAAGGAAGGUGGUGGCGGCCCGGCGCUGGGGGGAGGGGGGCGCUGACCCGGAUGUUCACUCCUGGGCACCGGGGGAAGUGGAAGCGCCGGGCCCUGCUGCGGGGGGGAGAGCCACAAACGCCGGGACCUGGACCGCCGCUGCCGCCGCCACCAUGAGUGAUCAGCAGCUGGACUGUGCCUUGGAUUUAAUGAGGCGCCUGCCUCCACAGCAAAUCGAGAAAAACCUCAGUGACCUGAUCGACCUGGUCCCCAGCCUGUGUGAAGAUCUCCUAUCUUCUGUUGACCAGCCCCUGAAAAUCGCCAGAGACAAGGUGGUGGGAAAGGAUUACCUUUUGUGUGACUACAACAGAGAUGGGGACUCCUAUAGGUCACCGUGGAGUAACAAGUACGACCCGCCAUUGGAAGAUGGAGCCAUGCCAUCUGCUCGGCUGAGAAAGCUGGAGGUGGAAGCCAACAAUGCCUUUGACCAGUAUCGAGACCUGUAUUUUGAAGGCGGUGUCUCAUCUGUCUACCUCUGGGAUCUGGAUCAUGGCUUUGCUGGAGUGAUCCUCAUAAAGAAGGCUGGAGAUGGAUCCAAGAAGAUCAAAGGCUGCUGGGAUUCUAUCCACGUCGUGGAAGUGCAGGAGAAGUCUAGUGGUCGCACCGCCCAUUACAAGCUGACCUCCACAGUGAUGCUGUGGCUGCAAACCAACAAGUCUGGCUCUGGUACCAUGAACCUCGGAGGCAGCCUUACCAGACAGAUGGAGAAAGAUGAAACUGUGAGCGACUGCUCCCCGCACAUAGCCAAUAUCGGACGCCUGGUAGAGGACAUGGAAAACAAAAUCAGAAGUACGCUGAAUGAGAUCUACUUUGGAAAAACAAAGGACAUCGUCAAUGGGCUGAGAUCGAUUGACGCUAUCCCUGACAACCAAAAGUUUAAGCAGUUGCAGAGGGAGCUCUCUCAAGUUCUGACCCAGCGCCAGAUCUACAUCCAGCCUGACAAUUAAGCCGAUCCAGGUCUGUGCAGACUUUUGCAGACAAAUCAAAACAAGAAGCUUUGAAGAAUGACCUGGUGGAGGCUUUGAAGAGAAAGCAGCAAUGCUAAACCUCUGCUUCACGCUAAGCGGACAUGCCAUGCACUCGUUAGAUUCCUGUCUUAGAAAACUCGUUUUCUGCUCCCUUUUCCCUCGUCCCUCCCUCCCUGACAGGUCAUUGAACAACUUGCAUCAUGGACAGCACAGCGCCAUCUCCCUGAGAAUAAAGCCCGAUAAACACCCUCCUCGUGUCUGAGGCCUACUUCCCACCACAUUGUGCUAUUGAAACUCAGUAUUUCCACAGAGCCCUCCUUGUGUUUCUUAGUUCAAACCCACCCACCGCCUCCCUCACUCCUCUAUUUACAGGCAGGCAUAAAAUACCUGUCUGUCUGCCACCCCUCCUGCCCUCUCCCACCUUUUUGUUACAUUGGUGUAAAAAAUGUAAAACAAAAAAAUUUUAUGAAAUAACUGUGGUGUGUGAACGGUAGAAGAAAAACUGGAAAUCUGAUUCCACGUGUGUUUGGGAGUUGCUUGGGGUUGGGGGCGGGGGAAGGGGGACAGGGGGCUGCUCCGGGAGGAAGGAGAGGCUAUCUCAGCUUUGUCCUGCGCAGACCCCCGUUCCUUGGAGACCACGUUGGGGGGCGGGGGGUGGGAAGCUGCUGACCGUCUGCUCUUCUGGCCAGGUGCUUUUCUGUCAGUUUUUAUGGAAUGCAAAGGAGAUUCUUUCUGUUUUAUUUUGUUUUUUUGUAAAGCUUAAACAAAAAUCUACAUCUUAUACUUGAGCCUCCAUACUUAAAAAAAAGAAAGAAAAGGAAAAAAAAAAUAAUAAAAAGAAGCUGGGACGCAGU